UGUUCCAAUGAGUGACAUCUUGGAGUGUUGAAUAAAACAUUAUAGUAAAGCAUGAGCAGUGUAGGUAUCUGUAUGUAUGCAUGCCUGCAUAUGUGUUCCUGUUCCAUCAAUAUCCCAAGAAUCAAAUGUUAGAUUUCAAUGAUGCUUGUGAUAUUUUGCAGACCUGAUAAAAUUUUAGUCGAAAUAUGUGCAUGUUACUAAUAUGUUAUAGUUUUAUACACUGCCAGAAAACAGAAUUUUUUUUUUUAAAUUUGGAAAUACAACUUUAUUUCCAUUACCUUUGCUUGUCAAAAACUGCUGAGUGACAGGCAAAUUGGUCUGUUUUUUCUGCUUCUAGCCACCACCCCACAAAAUAAUGAUACUUUCCUAACGUCGCCUGAUAUAUGUUCUUUUCUCAGUCAAGUCGGAACCAUCUAGUCCAGUGGUUGCUGGGAUUGGUACCAACGUUACCCUAUCGUUUUAUGUAUAUGGGCGACGAUCUUUUAGGCCGUACAGCGAACGUUCAUUCAGACCAAACGUAUUUCAACUUCCCUGCCAUCUUCACACCCGAUGAUGAAGCACCAAAUUAUGUAAAGGACAAAACCAUUUUACAUGCGGAUGGUAACAAAACAACACAUUUCUAUUUGACUGAUAUAUCUCAACAUUUGGCUGGAAAAUAUGGUGUUGAAGUCGAGGGUACUAAUUUAAUAGACUAUAUCGAAGUGAUUGUUCCAGCAGCACGUUGGCAGCCAAGCAACCAUGUUUACGUUAAAGCUGGCGAAGCAGUACAUUUAACAUGCAUGGCUGUACAAUACGGAUCGUUGGUGGCGUCGACCAACUUGACUGGUUCUGACAGAGCUAAAAGGAUGAUAUCCGACGAACGUCCCAAUCCAGUGGAGAGUCUAUCUAUCACGAUUGAAAAUGUCUCGGAAGCAGACGCAGGACUUUACGCAUGUACCAGUCAGGACUCGAUGGAUUCGAGUGUUAGUGAAACAGACAUGUUAGAAUUGACGGUUACAGCAGGCCAAGCAGACACAGGUACACGGUCAAGUGCUGCGUCGUUUUUGGUGGUAAUCUGUGGGCUAUGUACCCUGGUACAACAUUACUUCGCCGUAUAGACGUAUCAAAGUCAGAGUAAAAUGUAGACGUAUUCUUAAUUGUCAUUGUAUUACAUUGUUUCACAGUUUGAGACUGUUUUACAUCGUUACGGGUAUUAGUAUUUUGAACGUAUAAUGUAUAUGCAAGUAGCUUUUUCAGUCAUUAAUUUUCUUUGUUUACAAAUAAGGAUAGACGAUUGUUUUUAUGUUUUAUGUUUAUUUUGAAUAGUGUACUAGUUAUAACUUUUGGGUAUUCUGUCGAUUUUACAAUAAUCGUGUUCAAUGCAUGUUUGUUUGUGUGUAUUUUUUUAUUAAAAUUUGCUAGAGGAAAAGAAUUCACCUGGUAAUGGAAGUAAUCACUCUUGGUCAGCAAGUUUUCACGUGAAUGCCACAAACAAGAGCGAUUAUAUUGACCAUGUUUAGCUUGAUAUACCGAUAUUUCAAAACUCGAAUGGAAGCUCUGGUAGGGAUAUUGAUAGUGUGUUUGAAUAAUUUGUAUUGUUAUUAACGAUAUAAAAAUGGAAUAACAUUUCUCGUAUUUUUUCUCAUCACUACGUAAACUUGUGUGCAUACAUGCUCCGCAUAUGUGUGGCAUGUACAUUUAUUAUUUUGUGUAUUACUUGAAUAAAACGUACUAAUAAUUCAAAACUA